UCCGGUUGUUUGAACCUAACACAACCACUCACCCUAGCUUCAGAAAAAUAAAAAUGACUAACUUAGAGCCUCAAGUAUAGCUUGCUGAAUUAUUUAUUCAAUUUCUAGUGUUUUUUUGUCACUAGGAUAAAUUACACAGAAUAUUUGUUAAUAUUUGUCAUACACUUACAGCGAUUGUUAAAGUUUAGCUAUAAAAUUCUGUAUUUUUCAUAUGAAGUUAUAACGAAAUGGUAUAAAUAAGGAUUAAACUAUUUACUGUUCUGACUAAUAUUAACAAUACAUCAUUUUAGAAGUUAGAAUUCAAUUAAAAAAAAUAUAAUUCAAUAUGACAAUUAAAAAAAUAUUAAAUAAAAAUUCAAAAUCAACUGUCAACAAAAUAAAAGUUUGACCAGGGUGUGAAUUCUGUGAGAGCAUUUAUCCUCAGACAUGCCUCUGUGUCUCGUUAAAGUCUGUAGCAUUCACCUUGUUCUUUUUUGGGAGUUUCCACUGUACAUUUUACAUUCUUUAUUGGCCCAUUAUGAAAAUAUGGGGUUAUAUAGGAAGGUCAUCCAGCGUGAAAUCUCUGCCAAACUCAUAAUUUGCUGUCGCGACCCCUAAGAGGAUUUUACGAUACAUGUUCAUAAAAAGAUGCUUAUUUGAGACACAAAACACAAAAAGUAGUUGGUAUUGUGUUCAUAUGUUCGCAAAUCCCCAAACUUUACCACACAUCAGUGGUGUUUUAGUGCACUUCUUUUUAAGCGAUCCCGUUUCACACCUAAUCUGGACUUCCCUCCUCCCACCCUGCACUCCCCGAGGGAGUGGUAACAGCAAAAUGGGGAGGACUUUGGAUUCCCGAGCACAAUGCCAGCCAGUAUUCUCCUUCUCUUCCUUAGAGGUCGUCUUUCACAUUCGGGAUAAAAACAGACCUGAGAUUGAAGGAGAGCUGGAGGUCAUGUCUGCUCCCAGCGCCCUUCUGUCAGAGGUUCAGUUCCAGUGCUGCAUCUGUCAUGACGUUUUCUCUGAACCCGUCUCCAUCCCCUGUGGCCACAGCUUCUGCUACACCUGUAUCGCAUCUCUCUGGGGCGACAGCACUAUCAUCAGCUGUCCCAAAUGUCAAACCGUGUUCCACGGCCGCCCGGAGUUUUGCGAAAACUCCUUUGCCAAAGAGAUGUCGGAGCAGAUCCGAUCCAGAAGGCAGAGCGGCGUGACCCCGCUGCUGGCGAGAUUCGUAUCAUGUGACGUGUGUGUGACACAGCAGGCCGAGGCGCUGAAGUCUUGCCUGGUGUGUCUGACUUCGUACUGUGAGCGCCACCUGCAGCCUCACCUGCAGGUCACUAGCUUGAAGAAACACAAACUGAUGGAUCCCGUGGAGAUGCUGGAGAACAGGGUUUGCAAAUCACACCAGAGGCUUUUGGAUCUGUUCUGCAGGAAUGACCAGAGGUGCGUUUGUGUUCUCUGCAAGAUAACUGACCACCAAGCUCACGACACCGUACCUGUGGAGCAAGAGAGCCGCGAGAAGAAGGCUCAUAUUACACGGAUUGAGGCUGAUGUCCAGCAGAUGAUCCAGAGCAGAGUCCAACAAGUCCAGGAGAUCAAACGCAACAUUGAACAAAGCAAAAACAACACAAUUAGAGACAUAGAGGAGAGCUUGGAGGUUUUUGCCGCUCUCUUUCGUGCGAUCGAGAGGAGUCGAGCUGAGCUGGUGGAGGUGAUGGAGAGGAAGCAAAAGCAGGCAGAGGAGAGCGCGCAGACGUUCAUCGCAGAGCUGGAGGAGGAGAUCCGUCAGCUGCAGAAGAAAAGACAGGAGAUGGAGCAGCUUUCGCACUCAGAAGACCAUGCCCACAUCCUGCAGACGUUUCCAGGUUUAAGUUCCCGUCCUUCCGUCAGACCUCACUCUGACCUCCUGGUCCACUCGGACACAUGUUUGGGAGCUGUGAGGAGAGCGCUGGCCGGCGUCCAACAGCAGCUCCAAGCAGAAAUGGAGAAACUGUCAGUGCAAGACCUUGGGAGGAUCCAGCAGUAUGCAGUUGAUGUCUACCUGGACCCUAAAACGGCCAACCCUUGGCUGACUGUGUCCCCGGAUGGAAGGCGAUUGCAGGACGGAGAGGUGGAACAGGAUCUGCCUGAUGCGUCAGAGCGUUUUGAUACGGCUCCGUGCGCCCUCGCCCUCAGGGGUUUCACAACCGGCCGGCACUACUGGGAGGUAGAGGUGGGAGAUAAGACGGCGUGGGAUUUGGGCGUGGCCCGACAGUCCGUCAGCAGGAAGGGCGUUGUGACGCUGAGCCCGCAGGACGGAUUCUGGGCCGUCUGUCUGAGAAACGGCUGGGAGUACCGAGCGUGCGCCAGCCAGGCGGAGCUGCUGUGCCUCUCCAAGAGGCUGCAGAUCGUCGGCGUCUUUCUGGAUUACGAGGGCGGGAUGGUGUCUUUUUACAACGCCGAUACCAAGACGCACAUCUACUCGUUUACAGAGACCCCGUUCACCGAGGCCGUGUUUCCCUUUUUCAACCCAGAGAUGAGUUACAGCGGCACCAACAAGUCUCCGCUCAUCAUCCGCCCUGCCAGUGUGGUCUACAACAGCAGGGAUCUGGAGGACAUCACCAUAUGAAGAGAAUAGAAAUUCAUUUAUUACUGUUAUUGUAUUCAUUAUCUAAAUUAAAGGAUGUAAACAUGUAAGUUAUAUAUAGAUGUAGCUAAAUAACGUGUGGUUUAUUUAAUUUGACUAACUCAGGCUUUUGAAACGCCUGUUACAGUGAAACUGUGGAAGUGCACUUCUUUAAUAAACUUCAUUUA